AUGGGAAGCUCCCCCCCCCCCCCCCCCCCCCCCCCCCCCCCCCCCCCCCCCCCCCCACCCCCCCCCCCCCCCCCCCCCCCCCCCCCCCCCCCCCCCCCCCCCCCCCCCCCCCCCCCCCCCCCCCCCCCCCCCCCCCCCCCCCCCCCCCCCCCCCCCCCCCCCCCCCCCCACCCCCCCCCCCCCCCCCCCCCCCCCCCCCCCCCCCCCCCCCCCCCCCCCCCCCCCCCCCCCCCUCCCCCCCCCCCCCCCCCCCCCCCCCCCCCCCCCCCCCCCCCCCCCCCCCCCCCCCCCCCCCCUCCCCCCCCCCCCCCCCCCCCCCCCCCCCCCCCCCCCCCCCCUCCCCCCCCCCCCCCCCCCCCCCCCCCCCCCCCCCCCCCCCCCCCCCCCCCCCCCCCCCACCCCCCCCCCCCCCCCCCCCCCCCCCCCCCCCCCCCCCCCCCCCCCCCCCCCCCCCCCCCCCCCCCCCCCCCCCCCCCCCCCCCCCCCCCCCCCCCCCCCCCCCCCCCCCCCCCCCCCCCCCCCCCCCCCCCCCCCCCCCCCCCCCCCCCCCCCCCCCCCCCCCCCCCCCCCCCCCCCCCCCCCCCCCCCCCCCCCCCCCCCCCCCCCCCCCCCCCCCCCCCCCCCCCCCCCCCCCCCCCCCCCCCCCCCCCCCCCCCCCCCCCCCCCCCCCCCCCCCCCCCCCCCCCCCCCCCCCCCCCCCCCCCCCCCCCCCCCCCCCCCCCCCCCCCCCCCCCCCCCCCCCCCCCCCCCCCCCCCCCCCCCCCCCCCCCCCCCCCCCCCCCCCCCCCCCCCCCCCCCCCCCCCCCCCCCCCCCCCCCCCCCCCCCCCCCCCCCCCCCCCCCCCCCCCCCCCCCCCCCCCCCCCCCCCCCCCCCCCCCCCCCCCCCCCCCCCCCCCCCCCCCCCCCCCCCCCCCCCCGCCCCCCCCCCCCCCCCCCCCCCCCCCCCCCCCCCCCCCCCCCCCCCCCCCCCCCCCCCCCCCCCCCCCCCCCCCCCCCCCCCCCCCCCCCCCCCCCCCCCCCCCCCCCCCCCCCCCCCCCCCCCCCCCCCCCCCCCCCCCCCCCUCCCCCCCCCCCCCCCCCCCCCCCCCCCCCCCCCCCCCCCCCCCCCCCCCCCCCCCCCCCCCCCCCCCCCCCCCCCCCCCCCCCCCCCCCCCCCCCCCCCCCCCCCCCCCCCCCCCCCCCCCCCCCCCCCCCCCCCCCCCCCCCCCCCCCCCCCCCCCCCCCCCCCCCCCCCCUCCCCCCCCCCCCCCCCCCCCCCCCCCCCCCCCCCCCCCCCCCCCCCCCCCCCCCCCCCCCCCCCCCCCCCCCCCCCCCCCCCCCCCCCCCCCCCCCCCCCCCCCCCCCCCCCCCCCCCCCCCCCCCCCCCCCCCCCCCCCCCCCCCCCCCCCCCCCCCCCCCCCCCCCCCCCCCCCCCCCCCCCCCCCCCCCCCCCCCCCCCCCCCCCCCCCCCCCCCCCCCCCCCCCCCCCCCCCCCCCCCCCCCCCCCCCCCCCCCGCCCCCCCCCCCCCCCCCCCC